CUUGGAGUGUUCUUGUAGUGAAAGUCUCGGUGGACAGACAAACAAGUGACAACAUCAUUGAACAGCUAGGAUAUCUGUAGCAAAUUUGCGCUUCGUAUAGCUAUUCUUACUUGCUCUCCACCUACUGAUUGAAUACUUAAAAAAAAAUACAUUAAAACCGACUUUAACGUUGACGCUUUUCAUAGAAAUCUCCACUCCCAGAAGUUAAGGAUUUAAAGCCACUGUCAUCGUCUGCUCUUGAUAUCAAGUUUUUAACAGAUCAGGAAACGAAGCCAGGUGAUCUGACUGAACACAGAAAAGGUGUAUCGCACAAACUAUCGGUGAAGAAGACAUGACGGAUCUUCUGGUUCCCGAGCGCGAGAUAGACGUAGAGAGUCUGGAAACAGAAAGUGAUGACCAGGCAGAAUUUGGUGUAGGUCUGUCCGGAGCUGGAGACGACGAACCUGGAUGCAAGCACCACGAGAGGUCGGAUCAGUACUCCCAGGGAUCGGGAGAUCAGAGAAAGCUCAGCCGAACCCCGAAGUGUGCCCGCUGCAGGAAUCACGGAGUGGUUUCGUGCCUUAAAGGGCAUAAGCGGUUCUGUAGAUGGAGGGAUUGUCAGUGUGCCAACUGUCUGCUGGUGGUGGAGAGGCAGAGAGUGAUGGCAGCUCAGGUGGCACUCAGGAGGCAGCAGGCGACAGAGGUGAGCGUCUGGGUGCAUCAACACGAGUCUUUAUCUGGGACUGGCUACAUGGUUAUCUAUACUUGUUACCGUCCAGUACAGACAGACCACUGUCUUGGAGGAAAUACAUCUCUUCCUCCCCCUCUCAGUGACAGAAUGAGGAAGAGGAGGGCUUUUGCAGACAAGGAGCUCGAGACCAUCAUGUUGGAGAGAGAGUACAAAGAGCGGGAUGUGCUGGAGUCCACUCAGGCUGCCGCUGCUUCUCUGUUUAUGCCCACUGGUAUGGUCCGUGCAGCUGAAUACAACUCCUAUAAGACUGCCUUCUCUGCUGGCCAAGUGGAGGCACCAGCCAAGGAGGUCUACAACUUUCUACCGACUUGCCUCGACCUGUCAAUGCAGUACACUGGAUCUGGAAACAUGGAACUGAUUUCCUCAAACGUCAGCGUGGCUGCCACUUACAGACAGUAUCCCCUUUCGCCACGGUUCAUGGUGUGGCCGAAGUGUAGCAACAUCAACGAUGCUCUUCUUUACCAGCAGUGCCUUCUGAAUGCGUCGGCAGUCCAGAAUAUUAAACCAGGUGCAACUUGGGAUCCAAAAAUCAUGCCGGUGACAGACAACUAUUCUCCAGAUCAGGAAUUGGCGUCUGCGAAAUUAGAAAGCUCACGCGUUGUCCAUGAAGCCUCCGAUCUUCAACAAGCCCAGGCAGAAACUCAGUGCACCUCUCAAGGGCCCCGGGAGAGAUCAGCCUUUUCUCCACCCAAGAGAAGUUUUGCUCAGACAUUUACCAACAGCUCCUCACCUCCUAAUCAAGAGCAUACCUCGAACAGGCACAGUAAGGACAGUGCCAAGCAUGCCGUCUCGAUGAAAUUAAACUCAUUCCACUCACUGAUCCAGCAGACGCUCGGUGAGAAGUCGGCCCCUGAUCUGAAAGCGCCAUACUGCAAGGAGCUUUUUGAGGAGGCUGCCAGAAAAUACAGAGAGUGUGCACUCAAAGAAAACCAGAGCCUUAGACUAAUGGACAGUUAUGCAAAAGACUUACUGAUAUCCAAGCAAGUUGGGACAAAGCUUUCAUCCAACGAGUCUUUAUCAUUUUCUGUUGAGUCUAUUCUUAAAAGGCCUUCACCCACACUAAAUCGUGCAUCUCAUUAAAUUUUGAUGUGUUUGGUCCUUACAAUUUUCAUUUUUACUCCUGUUGUAUAUAAAUUCUUAUCUUUAUAAAUAUAUAGCUGUACAUCAGUUUGAAAAAUGUUUGCUACUUCAAAUAUAAUUUAUUGGAUUUUGUUUUCAUGUAAAAAUAAAAAAGCAAAAAAUACAAAAUGU